CCGCUACACAAAGCGUCCCUUGGUGGCGCGAUGGGCCGUGCAGUUGUCGUUCCAAAGGAAAAGGAAAAUUGGCAGCUGGUUGUGGUGUUCGCCGCUCGCCACCGACUUUCCCGGCGCCACCGCACCGUGCGCCGGCCCCACCGGCGGCGGCGAUGGGUAACUCACAGGCGUCUCCCUCGUCCGCCUCCUCUGCCAGCUUCGUCAUGGCCUCCAGGGCCUUCUCGAAGCAGGCGCUGGACGACCUGCGCGCGCACUUCUCCUCGCUCGCCGCGCAGUCGGGGACCCAGGGGCGCGCCAUAUCCCGCCCCGUUUUCCUUGAUUAUUUCGGGGUACGUGGGGCGCUCGGCGAUAGGCUAUUCCAGUUGGUGGCGAAGGAGAGCAGCGUGGAAGAUGGAGUCACCUUUGAGGGUUUGAUCGUCUCCAAAGCAACAUAUGAAAGGGGAACUAAAGAUGAAGCCGAUGAGUUCAUUUUUCAACUGUGCGAUGUGAUGGGAGAUAGUAUCUUAACAAGGUCUGAUCUGGCAGCUGUAUUGGCGUCCAUUCAUGAAACCAUAUUUGCAGAUAAUAAGGAAGCCAGGGAAGGUUCAAACAAGAGUACAUUUGAAGCAUUUCUCAACUCUGCGGUAUUUUCGAAAGAUGCUGGAGGGGUCUCUGAGAAAUCUAUGUCAUUAUCAGACUUUAGAAACUGGUGUAUUGUCAUGCCAUCACUGAGGAAAUUCCUUGGAAGUUUGUUGAUGCCCCCUGACUCAGGCAGAGCCGGCUUCCAGGUACCUCUACUUCAUUAUCCAGAAAACAUGUCCUCCGAGUUGCUACUCUUAAAUAAAGAGUAUGCUUGGCAUAUAGGAGGUGGCUUCUCUCAACAUGAUGUGCAAGAGUGGAAGCUUCUAUACCACAGUUCUCUUCAUGGACAAAGCUUCAACACUUUCUUAGGCAAUGUAACGAAUGGAGACGCACAGACUGUUUUGGUUAUUAAAGAUACAGAAGGUUCCAUUUAUGGUGCAUAUGCAUCACAACCAUGGGAAAGGCACAGUGAUUUUUAUGGUGACAUGAAGACAUUCCUUUUCAAGUUAUAUCCCGAAGCGUCCAUAUUUCGCCCUACAGGAGCAAACAAAAGUUUGCAAUGGUGUGCUGUGAACUUCACCUCUGAGAACAUUCCAAAUGGUAUCGGCUUUGGAGGGAAGCCACAUCACUUUGGCCUUUUCCUCUCUGCGGGCUUCGAUCAAGGGCACUCAUUUACCUCCAGCACAUUCACCAAUCCUCCCCUUUCCAACACGAGCAGGUUCAGACCAGAAGUUAUUGAAUGUUGGGGGAUACAAGUGAAGGGAUCGAAUGACGAAAAGCCGGAGCUUGUAAAGGGGACGGUCCUUGAGAGAUUCAAGGAGGAUCGGAACAUGCUGAAGCUGAUUGGUAUGGCGAGUGCGAGUGACUGAGCACUGAAAAAAAAUCACAAUAGCAGAUAUUUGGAGGUUGUGUACAGCACUCUUUUUAUGGGAAAUAAUAACCUUAUUUAUAUCUGGUCGCUA